UGAACACUAUGAAAUAUCCAAUGUGAUCUCUGCCAGAUGUGUCAUGACGGGACGGAGUUUCUAAUUCCACGACUCAGCAACCAUCUACCCCAAAGGACCGCUUACUGAAGCUGCGUCUCACCAGCUGCAACACAAUGAAGGUCUUCUCAUCAUUGUCAGCUCUGCCAUGGGUCACCAUGUUUGCACAGCCAUGCUUUGCUACGGUAGCUGACAUUCCCGGCAUCUUUGGCCCAGUACCAGUCAUAUCCCCGUCUCCCGUGGGUGAUAUCUCAAAGUACCUGAAGAGCCGACCAAGCGACUUCGUUCAUCCCGGUAUCUGGCACACGCAUGAAGAUCUAGAGCGCAUCCGCAAUGGGGUCCUCGAAGACAAAGACCCCUGGGCGUCAACUUUUGCCGUCUUCAGCAAGGAUAGCUACAGCCUGUCAACUUAUGAGAUGAAGGGGCCGAAGCCAGUCAUCUCACGCGGCAGUGUUAGCAACUACACGUCCUUCGCCUCCGACGCCCGCGCCGCAUGGCAGAAUGCUCUGAUGUGGUACAUCACCAAAGACGACGCGCAUUGGAACCGCAGCACGACCAUUUUGGAUGGCUGGGGGUCUACGUUGGUCGACAUCAUCGGCACGGACCGGUCCCUACUCAUUGGCUUGGAUGGCGACCUCUUUGUUAAUGCCGCUGAAAUCAUGCGCUGGGAGGGGAACUGGACCGAGUCCGGAGCACGCUGGCAAGGCGGGUCUGGCUUCAGCAUCCAGCUCUACUGGUUGUUCUCACGACAGUCUAUCCCGAUUGGUCAGGCAAACUACGGAAUGGCUAGUAUCAAGGCCCUCUUGAGCUUUGCUGUCUAUCUCGACGAUGUUACCCUCUACAACUAUGCCAUCAAUGAGUACUUGAACAACCCCUGUGCGGGGCUCUACUCCUUCUUCGAACCCGAGACGGGCCAAAGCUCGGAGUCCGGCCGUGAUCAGAGCCAUGCCAUGUCCGGCUUGGGUUGGAUCGCUCAGGCUGCGCGGGUAGCCCAGAGUCAAGGCUCUGACCUCUAUAGUCAAGGCGACAACCUGCUUCUGAAAGGUGCAGAGUAUACGGCCAAGUUCAACCUGAAUGGGACCGUUCCGUAUGAUCCAAAGUGGUAUCGAUGCGAAGCAGUUCUUGUUAAUGGCCCUUGGGCAACCAUCUCCCAGGACAAGCGAGGUGUAACGGCCACAAACCCAAUGUGGGAUAUUCUGUACUACCAGUAUGUUGUCAAGAGACAGCUGCAAGCGACUUGGGUCACGAAAGCUAAGCAGGCUGUUGGAACCGAGGGCCGUUUGACGAGCAAUGAUCAUCCUAGCUGGGGAGGGCUGAUCUGGGCUUAUUGAGCUAUCGGCCAUGUCGCAUAUUCGUACGUACAUAUGUAGCUAUCGAAGCACUUGAGAAACAGCUUACUCCGCGAUGAUGGAAUCCUCGCCUUGAGAAAGAUGAUUUCUGCGCUUGGAACAUCAGGAGCAUGAAUCUUGACAUGUUUGACGUUGGCCACGUACGUACAAUCAUCUUACUAGGGAUGGAACUAAACAUGGACAGUCAUCUUUGGCAAAGUGUAGAAAGU